UUAUCGUCCAAACAAAGGGUUAAUGCACUCGCAAAACAAGGAGAUUUCUUAGGUUGCAAGCAUCCGAAAUUCCUAGCUGCUAAUUAGUCAAUCAAUCGAUGAACUCAAUUUCUUGAGGUUUUCUAUUAGGGCUUAUCGUUCUUCUUCGGCAAUAUUUCCUGUAAUCAAUCAAAAGUCUGAUGGACCAGGAAUGAGAACUGGAGGUCUGAAUUGGGUGUAAUAAACAUGGAACCUGGAGAUUGGAGAAGAGAACUAUCACCAAACAGCCGAUCGAAAGCUCUUAAAUAUAUGGAUUCUAGUAUGUUUACAAAUUGGAUGUUCAUGACUUCCAAUGCUGUGAAAGAUGGCAAUUUAAUACUUGGAGCAUUAAAAAUUUGUACUUUGGAUGCAAUAAAACAAAAUGUUCUUCGACUACAUCCUGCGCAAGCAUUAUCACCAACAAUCCAGGAGCUUGCUGUCAAUGCUGAGGAGUUAUGUUGGACUGAAUCCAAAAACAAGGCUGAAUAUGUAAGCAGAGUAGAAAUAGCAUUGCUCAAGAUAAACGGUCAGAAACUUGAGUGUCCAAUGUUUAAUCCACCAUCAAACUCUUCAUGCUCAGCGGAAAUCUCCCCAGACCCAGCAUUCCAGAGUCGUCGGUCCCAAAUUGAUGAACUUCAACAGCCAACUUCAUCUAUGCUUAACAAAUAUCCACAGAGAGCCUUAAGGCAACAACAACAGCCAAAUCAAGCUCCAUUUAUCCAACAGAAUCUGCUACCCAUCCCAGAGCAGCCAUUGUUGCAGUUACAGCAACAAGAGCAGUUAAAAAGGCAAUGGUUGGAUUCUUUUAACACUAGGCAGAAUCAAUUGCUUUGGCAACAAGAGACUGCCCCUAAUUUGCAGCAUCAGUAUCAGCAAAAGUUGUCUCAACUACAGCCAGACAAACUUCAACAGAAUAUAAAUAUAUCAGAGCAAGAUAAACAAAUAAACUCUCAACGUGAAUCACAGUUCCAAUCAAUGAAUUCCCAGAGUUGCAUGAUAAUGCCACAGCAGAACAAUGUGACAAGCUUGUUGGCUGAUUCUAACCAUUCAUCUAAGCCUGCGAUGCUACGGCUAAAGAAUAUGAACUCUCAACAGAAUCUUACUAAAUCAGAUUUUUGUCAGGCAAAUCCAGUGAAAUCAAUGCUGCAGGUUCCCAUGAGGUCUUUACAGACUUCUAUGUGCACUCGUGAACAAACAAAUAUUGGCAACUUGCUAUUGCAAAGCCAUGGAAAUGUGACAGAAACAAAUGCAAAUUCUUUUUGCUCAAGUUCUUUUACACCGCAGCAUAUGAAUCCAAAAAGAAUGCUGGAAGAGCAGCACGCACCAGUGCAUAAGCUGAAGCAAAAUUUCCAACAGCAGCAAUUGGGACGAGUGCAAAUGCAGCAGCAGCAGCUGCUUUGGGCUCCUGAAAUGCCACAAGAUCAGUUAAUUGAAGUAAAUGACUUGAAAGUAAGGCCAGGAAUUGGAUAUGAAAUUCCUGUGCAUCAGAUGAACAAAGUGAAGUCAAAACCUGGAGGAGAGAAGACUGUUAAAUCAGGUUUUCAGCAUCUUAAUUCAGUUGGUCAGCACUCAUUUUUCCAUCAUCACCCUCUUAAUAAUGGAGUCUCACUGUCUACUUAUUCAUCCAAGCUCCUCCAGUCUGCAUCUUCUCAGAUAACUCAACAUUCCCUGGAGACUGACAAGCAAAAUUUGUUCAGUUUGCCUACGAAAAUUGAAGCCUCUUUCUGUUCAGCAAGAAUUCCUUGUUCAACUCAGAUGACUUCAUCCCUUGAACCAGGGCUUUCUGAGAAACAUAUUAUUGAUUCUUCUUCAUUCUCAAAUGCUGGCGAACUUGAAUAUCAACAAACAACUGAUUCUCUAGAACCAGGCAUGGUUUGUGAUGUUAAGACUCCUGAGAUGUCAACUUUAACCCUGGAGAAUUCUGGUGAUACUAAUUAUACUGUUUCAAAUGUCACUUCUGCGGAUUCAAAUGAUGCAGAGCGCCCCCUUCAGCAUUUAAUUGAAGUGAUGAAAUCAAUGUCAGCAAAAGCAUUUAGUUCUGCUGUAACUGAGAUUGCAUCAGUUGUUAGUCUGGAUGAUAAAAUGGCAGGAUCAGCACCAGUUUGUGGAUCAAAAGGUUCAGUUGCUGAAGAUCUGACCAGGCAUUGCAAUGCAUUUGGAAUGACAAAAAUGAAGCGCUCCCUAUUUGCGAUGCACUUGGAGUCCACUGCAAUUUCUUGUAUCAAAAGGCCUAGGAUUGAGGUCAAUCAUGUUCUGUUGGAAGAAAUAAAUAAGGUCAACAAGUGUUUGAUAGACACUGUGGUAGAUGUCAGUGAUGACAAUACCAAUUCAACCCUACAUGGAACAGAUGGUACUGAAGGAACCAUUGUCAAGUGCUCAUUCAGUGCUGUGGCUGUCACGCCAAAACCCUGUGCUCAAAUUUCAUUAAUCCAGGCUAUCCAGUUGCUUGUCCCUGUCAAUUAUCCCAAUUGCUCACCUAUACUUCUAGAAACAUUGCCAGUGGAAUUCAGCAUUAACAGCAAAGAGCACGACGAUAUUUCAGUGAAGGCAAAGUCAAAGCUCAAUGUGUUUCUCAGACAACUAUCGGAGCCCAUGUCAGUAGGGGAGAUAGCAAGGAUUUGGGAUACUUGCGCUCGAGCAGUUAUUUCCGAGUAUGCGCAGCAGAAUGGUGGAGGGAGCUUCAGCACAAAGUAUGGAACUUGGGAGCAAUGCCUUUCGUGAUGCAUGAACUUGUAUAGUCAACUUUGAUGUGUAGGAAAGUUGUGCUAAUUCUCACAUUUUAGUUAAUUUUCAUGUAUUGUCAUUUUGAAUUAUAAAUAAAAACAUAGUACCGCAAGUUUUUUUUU